AUGGAGGCUUCACUGAGAGCACAGCGAACUGCGGCCCUCUUGAUCUUCGCAUUUCUCUCACUUCUUGCCGUCUCAUCCUCCGCCGCGCAGGAGAUCCAAAUUCUCAACGCCGAGCGUCGAAUUGACUUGAGUUCACAGAUUGCCAUUGUAUUCUUGACCUUAAAGGUUGAGAACACCGGAAAGGCUGCUGCUUCUGAGGUUCUUCUUUCAUUUCCUCCCACUGAGGCCGACCACCUGGCUGAAGUGAAGGCACAAGCGGCCUCGGGAAAGAAAAGGAAGAAAACACAUGUUCCUCUCGAUGUAAAGCCAACAGAUGUACCUGACGCACCAAAAGGCGCUAAGUGUUUCCGAAUAGCUUUGCUUAAUCCUCUAAGCCCAGGUGAAACAUCAACCAUUGAAGUUCUCUAUAUGUUGACCCAUUCUAUGGAACCUUUCCCUGCGGAGAUAAGUCAAUCAGAACCACAGUUGGUAUACUAUCGUGAUAGUGCAUAUAUACUGUCACCAUAUCGUAUUAAGCAGCAGACAACUUUCAUCAAGACACCAAGCACAAAUGUGCUAUCAUUCUCUAGAGUGGAACCAACUAAUAGAGCUGGUAUGGAACUCAAAUAUGGACCCUAUGAAGAUCGCCCUGCAUACUCGUUCUCUCCAGUUCUUGUUCAUUUUGAGAAUAACAACCCAUUUGCUGUUGUUGAGGAGCUUGUUCGUGAAGUGGAAAUCUCACAUUGGGGAAACCUUCAGAUAACUGAACACUAUACAUUAGCUCAUGGUGGCGCUAAACUUAAAGGCGUGUUUUCUAGGGUUGAUUAUCAAUCUAGGCCAGGUGCUAGUGGUGUAUCUUCAUUCAAAAACCUUCUAGCAAGACUGCCGCCUAGGGUGCACUCCGUAUAUUAUCGAGAUGAAAUAGGAAACAUUUCAUCCUCACGCCUUCGUACAGAUUCUCGCAAGUCAGAACUUGAAAUUGAACCUCGGUAUCCUUUGUUUGGGGGAUGGAAAUCCACAUUUGUGAUUGGAUAUGGCCUUCCAUUGGAAGAUUUCCUCUUUGAGUCCACUGAUGGCAAGAGAUAUCUCAACUUUACCUUUGGCUGCCCUCUUUCUGGGACUGUUGUGGACAAGUUAACUGUGAAGGUUGUGUUGCCAGAGGGAUCCAAAGAUCCUUCUGCUGUCGUUCCUUUUCCAGUAGAGCAACAUAUGGAGACAAAGUACUCAUAUCUUGAUGUUGUCGGAAGGCCUGUCCUGGUUUUAGAGAAGAAGAAUGUAGUUCCGGAGCACAACACACUUUUUCAGGUGUAUUAUAGCUUUAACCCAGUCUUCAUGCUAGCAGAGCCGCUGAUGUUGGUCUCUACAGUUUUCUUCCUGUUUGCGGCUUGUGUAGCUUACCUGCAUAUUGAUGUUUCAAUACGCAAGCGAUAG